UCUCCAAUCACCUCUUCAUAUUUGCAGCCCACUUGAUAACAAAUUCAUCAUCAUCACCACUCCAAAAUGCUCCCUUUCCAGUUUGAUUCAAUUUCAAGAAUCCCCUUUCACCCUUAGAAACGACAAGAAACUAGAAUCUUGAUGUUUCUCUCAAACUUGUCAUAUUUUUUUUAUAAAAAAAAUACUACUGUUCAUGCAUAUUUGAUCUUGCUAUUUUGAAUUACACCAACCAUAUAAGAUCUUGUGGUCAUGAAUAACCUAGGAUCUGCGAAGGAGGAAUUCUUGGGAUCAAGUUCAUCCGAAUUCAGUGUCGGCAAUCCUCAGCCUAUGGAGGGUUUACAUGAGGCAGGCCCUCCACCAUUCUUGUGCAAGACAUAUGAUUUGGUUGAAGAGGAGAGUACAAAUGAGAUUGUUUCUUGGAGUAGAGGCAACAACAGUUUCAUUGUGUGGGACCCUCAGAUAUUUGCCACCAAUCUCCUUCCCAAGUUCUUCAAGCACAACAAUUUCUCAAGCUUUGUCAGACAACUCAACACAUAUGGAUUUAGGAAAGUGGAUCCAGACAAGUGGGAGUUUGCUAAUGAAGGGUUUUUAAGGGGGAAAAGGCAUUUGUUGAAGAAUAUAAGGAGGAGGAGAACACCAUCAUCAAAUUAUCUAUCUUGUAGUAACUUAGAGCCAUGUGUUGAGUUGGGGAGGUUUGGUCUGGACGCGGAGAUGGAUCGUCUGAGGAGGGACAAGCAAGUUUUAAUGGAGGAACUGGUGAAGCUGAGGCAGCAGCAGCAGAAUACAAAGGCAUAUCUUCAAGCAAUGGAGCAAAGGCUCAAAGGGACUGAGCAGAAGCAGAAGCAAGCACUCAGUUUCUUGGCUAGGGCGAUUCGCAGCCCGGAUUUCCUGCAGCAGAUGGUGCAGCACAAGGAGAUGAGGAGGGAGAUUGAGGAGGCCAUUGAAAAGAAGAGGAGGAAGAAGAUUGAUAAUCAAGAAUUUUUGUUUCAAGGUGAUGAUAUUGAUGGUAAAUACAUUAGUUUUGGUGAUGUUGGAGAACUUGAGGGGUUAGGCUCUUUUGGUGUUAAGGUUGAAGCUCAAGAUUUUGAUGGUUUGGGGGUGGGAGUGAGCAUGCCUAGCGAUUCAUCGGUGAGUGUUGGGGGGCACGUGGCGCCUCGGGAGUGGAUCGAUUGUGGCAUUGAUGAUGAUCAAGGGUUUUGGGAGGGUUUGAUGAGUGAUGGAGGAGUGUUGGGUGAUGAGGGUGUGGAUGUUUUGGCUAGGCAACUAUGAUUCUUGGAUUCUAAAGCCUAAGAUAGAAUAUGAUAUAAGAAGCAAGGGUGGAGAUCAUAAUGAAAUCAGGAGAUUGAAAUUUGCUUAAUUAGGUAGCUAUGUUAGGAACCCUCUAAUUAAUUGCAACAUUCUUGAACAAUCAAUGUUUAAGGACUGAAAUUGGUUUUUAUUGCCUGAUUUUACCUCAAUUGAUUCUUAAAUGUUUUGUGUUUUGUCUGAGCUA